AUGAAGUUGACUAUUUGUGUCCUCCUGGUGCUCAUUGCUUGUCCUUUGCUGCUGGACAUCUUUCAAACUGUCAAUUCAAAGAUGGUGAAUCUAUAUACGACUUCUCACCCAUGCACAACAACUACACCCAGUAUUCCUACACCAACACAUCCAAAACCAGCACAGUAUUACUACUUCAACAUUUGUGGAACUGCACAGAUCUGUACACAGAGGGCCAACAACAUUGACUCUGCUGCUUGCCAAAUGACUGGCACCAACUACUUUGACUGUGGUCAUUUGAAGACUGCCACAUGGAGGGGAUUAUUAAACGGCGUAAGCGGUGCUCAGGUCACUUACAAGGAAGGGUGCUGCUCCAAGUCAAUCAGACAAACUACUCUCAUUCUGCAGUGCAGUACGAGAGAAACCACUGUCGUUUCGGCCGGAGAGAUUCAACCAUGCGUCUACGCCAUCACUGUUAACAGCAAGCUCGCUUGCCCAACCAACGGUACCAUGUACGAUUAA